AUGGUCACAGAGACCACCAUUUCUACUGCUCUUCCACCAAUGCUGCCAGAACAGCUGGUCACAGAAAUUUACCAAGGCACGGGAUUCUCAUGGGCAUGGCGGCCGUUUACUUGGCCCAUGGCACUGCUACGGUCAAUCGUGCUCGCUUUGCUCUCAAUCACGAAGGCAAUCGUCAAGGCAACAAACAGAGUCACUUUCACGGUCCCAUUCUCUCUCUUCUUGCUGCUCGCUGCAGUGCUCUGUUACAUCACGUACACCGUGGUCAAGGGCAGGAUCCUUUCACAGUACAAGAACCUACAACCAACACCUCUGUGCGAGGAGGACCCCAUCAAAAACAAAAACACUGCAGAUCAACAGCAGCAACAGCACUCGGGGAGAGACCCAACCCUGUCAUCGUACUUGGACCAGUUCCUAAGCGCUAUAAAGAUCUUUGGAUACUUGGAAAAACCAGUGUUCCAUGAACUUACUAAAAACAUGAGAACGCAAAAACUAGAUGAGGGAGAAAUCUUACUCUUGGAUAACGCCAUAGGGUUUGCCAUUGUAGUAGAGGGGUCCCUCCAAAUAUACCACCACGUCGAAGAACGCCGCAAAACGUACGGAGUACCCUUCAAACCGCUGGACCCUCGCGAUGACAGUAACGACCCGGAGAACGACAGCGACGUUGACAUCGAUUUCGAUGACGAUAACGAUACAGAUGACCUUACAGGUGAUUACAUAUACCUGAGGGACGGGCUUGGGAAAUUCCAAUUGCUCAACACAGUGAAACCGGGGAACCCGGUGUCCUCACUCGUCAAUAUCCUCAACUUGUUUGUCCUGCAAGAUCCCACGACAACAACAACGGGGAACUCCCCACUGGACUCACCCCUCUCGAGAUCGCUCAAUCAAUUGCCCACAGUGGUCCCCAACGUGGUCGCUAGAGCGGCAACAGAUUGUACUAUCGCAAUCAUCCCACCACACGCAUUCGCUCACUUGCUCGAAAUGUUCCCCAGAUCAGCUGCACACAUCACUCAGAUGAUCCUCACAAAACUGUACCACGUCACUUUCCAAACGGUACACUCAUACCUCGGUUUGACAAACGAAAUCAUGUCCAUUGAGAAAACACUCAACAGAACAAUCAACUACAAGAUCCCAGACUACCUCAUCAGAACCGUGCUACAACAAAAUAACACCAACUACCACAACCACAACAACGGUCCCAACUCCACAUCCAACAACAACAACAACAACAAAGAGUACGUGCGCAUCCCACCAAAACUCUCCAACAGCUCAAGCCUGAAAUCGUUCAGAAAAGAGAAGACAAGACCGCCACCAAAGAGAGACUCGCAACAGGGAUCGAGACACGUGGUUCUGGAUGCAAGGGACCACCUCAACCCGGGAGACUUGCUGUCCAACGUCCCGCUUUCCAGAAGAGACGAUUUCAACUUGGAGGCAAUCGAGGGCGAUACACUGGGGUCCACGGUGCAUUCGUCGACUUCAGCGUCCACCUCAGACACACAACACCUCUCCUCCAUCCAGACAACAUCGUUCUCCUCAGUGAAGGAGGAGACGGAAACGUCUGCCGCUAGGAUGGCCCUCAUCGAAGCCAUGUUCACCUUUUUGGGAGUCACGAGAAAUAAUAUGUCGCUCGACUCGGAGACCAACUUGCAACACAGAUCCUCAGAGACGUCACUGACAAACUCUUUCUCGUCCACAUCCUCAAGGUCACGUAACACAGAGACAAACUUGCGGAUCUUGCCAAGUUCGUUCGCAGUCACAAGCAGGGGCAGACAAAGGAACGACCCAAGCCGCUCCAAAUUGUCGCCAAAGAGAUCACACCACCAAAACCAGGGAGCGAAGAAGUACAAGGAGGAGAUCUCCCCGAACCUUGACUUUGAAUCCGCCAAGGCCGAGUUCGCUCAGUACAUCAAAAUCAUCUCGUACAAGAGGGGGGAUCUCAUCAUCAAACAAAACGCUAAUGGCAAGGGUCUCUUCUACGUCAUUUGCGGAUCGAUUGACGUCACGAGCUCGCGGGAAUCGGACCUCAUCGAGUCCAAGGAACGCCACAUAUUCACCGUCGAAGCGGGCGGGAUCGCAGGGUACUUGUCAUCGCUCGUUGGGUACAGAUCCUUCACCAACUUGAGAGCCAAGACUGACGUCACAGUAGGAUUCCUUUCGAAUGAGGCACUAGAAAGAUUGUGUGAUAAGUACUUUUUGAUAUAUCUAAGGAUCGCCGAGACACUGACAGGGUUGCUGUCUCCGCGAAUGCUGAAACUGGACCACGCACUGGAGUGGAUCCACCUUUCCGCCUCAGAUACCCUCUUCUCACAGGGAGAUCCUGCAAACGGGAUCUACGUCGUAUUGAAUGGACGGUUGAGACAGCUGCAGACAGAAACUACUGGUGAAGAACCGCAGGGGGGACAUAAAUCAGAACCUCCUACAUCUCAGACAACAAGUUUGGGAGAACUGGCGCAGGGCGAAAGUCUGGGAGAAGUAGAAGUACUCACAGCUAUGAACAGAUUCACGACCACCGUCGCAGUUAGGGACUCAGAGCUGGCACGUAUUCCGAGAACAUUAUUUGAAUUGCUUGCAAUGGAGCACCCUUCAAUCAUGAUCAGGGUCUCCAGAUUGGUAGCUAAAAAAAUUCUGGGCAAUAACAAACAGGGCUUCUCUUCAUCCAAGAUUACUGGUGAGAACGGGAACAGGUACGAUUUCGAUUUAACUAUACCGCCUACAAAACCGAAAAGCCACCACCACACGUACAGUUCCUACAAUCAAACAUCAGCAAAUUCCGGUACAGUCAAGUACAGAACUAUCACAAUCAUUCCAGUAACAGCAGGGCUCCCAGUAGAAACAUUUGCACACAAAUUGGUGCAUGCCUUCAAACAGGUAGGAAGAAAUACAAUCGGACUCACCCAGAGUACGACUUUAUCGCACCUGGGGAGACAUGCAUUUGACAGACUGGCCAGUUUGAAGCAAAGUGGGUACUUUGCCGAGUUGGAACAGAUCUAUGAUACAGUUGUGUACAUCGGCGACACUGCUGUAAACUCUACAUGGACGAAAACUUGCAUCGACCAGGGUGAUUGUAUUUUGUUGCUGGCCAACUCAUCCGCCUCUACCGAAAUAGGUGAGUAUGAAAAACUGCUGCUGAAGUCGAAGACAACGGCGAGAACUGAAUUAAUUUUGCUACACGAGGAGAGGUACGUGGAAGCGGGGUUAACGCAACAGUGGUUACGUCAUAGAUCGUGGGUCGAUUCUCAUCACCACAUACAAUUUAUUGUCAGUGCAUUGGCUGAAAACGUUACGAAAGCCAAUGGUUCAAACUCCGCGGCAAUCACGCUGCUCGAUAAGCUGAGCCAGACAGACCUGGGUAGGAAAACGUACAACAUCAAGCGCUUGUUACCAGACUCUAUCAAAAACACUGUGGAAAACUUCUCGUUAAGAUUUAUGAAUAAAAGCAGACAAGUUUAUAACCCUGUCCAUGUUCAUAAAAGCGACUUCUUAAGGCUUGCUAGAAUCCUGUCUGGACAGGCUAUCGGACUCGUACUAGGUGGUGGUGGGGCAAGAGGUAUAAGCCAUCUCGGUGUAUUACAGGCAAUCGAAGAGCAAGGAAUCCCUAUUGAUAUCAUAGGUGGGACCUCGAUCGGGUCAUUUAUUGGCGGGCUCUACGCUCGGGACUAUGACGUCGUUUCCAUAUAUGGUCGCAUCAAAAAAUUUGCUGGCAGAAUAUCAUCGCUUUGGAGAAUGAUGUCUGAUUUGACCUGGCCUGUGACAUCAUAUACCACCGGACACGAAUUUAACAGAGGUAUUUGGAAAACCUUUGGAGACACCAGAAUUGAAGAUUUCUGGCUACAGUAUUAUUGCAACUCUACAAAUAUAACAGAAUCUGUUCAAGAGAUCCACUCCUUUGGUUACGCUUGGAGAUACAUCCGAGCUUCGAUGAGUUUAGCUGGUCUAUUACCACCGCUCGAAGAGAAUGGAUCUAUGUUGUUAGAUGGUGGUUAUGUCGAUAACUUACCUGUCGGAGAAAUGAAGGCCCGUGGUUGCAACGUUAUCUUUGCUAUCGACGUUGGUUCUAUGGAUGACAGAACUCCCAUGGAUUUUGGUGACUCGCUAAACGGGUUUUGGAUUAUGUUUAACAGAUGGAAUCCUUUCUCAUCUCAUCCGAAUAUUCCAAACAUGGCUGAGAUACAAAUGAGGUUGGGUUACGUUGCAUCUGUGAACGCAUUGGAGAAGGCAAAACACACAAAAGGUGUCAUUUACGCCAGACCACCUAUUGACGGGUACACCACGCUCGAUUUUGCCAGGUUUGAAGAAAUUUACAGGGUAGGAGUUGAGUAUGGUAGAAAAUUCUUGCAGAGCUUGGUUGACGAGGAUAAAAUGCCUUUUAUUCCCGGAUUUCAGGACUCCUUGACAGCAUCUGUUCCAGAGCUGUUGCUACACAGACGUAAUAGCAUAUAA